CUCAGCUCAGGACAGGGAGGCCCUGCUCGCAGGUCCCGGGGUCCCGGUGGCAGCCGGAGCGCUUGGUCCGCAGGCAGCGGGCGGGUGGUCCCCCCUCCGCCCCCACCCUGCGCGUGCGCGCCCCGGCCCCUCCCUCCCUGCCACCCCCCUCGGCUCCCGCGCGGCGGCGGCGGUUCCUCUCCCCCUCCCCCCAACCCUGGCUCCGGGGGACCCCGCGAUGCCGGUCCGCACCGAGUGUCCCCCGCCGGCCGGUGCCUCGGCCGCCUCCGCGGCCUCGCUCAUCCCGCCGCCGCCCAUCAACACCCAGCAGCCCGGCGUGGCCACCAGUCUGCUCUACAGCGGCUCCAAGUUCCGCGGCCACCAGAAGAGCAAGGGGAACUCGUACGACGUAGAGGUGGUGCUGCAGCAUGUGGACACGGGGAACUCUUACCUUUGUGGCUACCUGAAGAUUAAAGGCCUUACUGAGGAGUAUCCAACCCUCACGACCUUCUUUGAAGGAGAAAUAAUCAGCAAAAAACACCCUUUCCUAACGCGGAAGUGGGAUGCGGAUGAAGACGUUGACCGGAAACACUGGGGCAAGUUUCUGGCUUUUUAUCAGUAUGCAAAAUCAUUUAAUUCCGAUGACUUUGAUUACGAAGAGCUGAAGAAUGGAGAUUACGUCUUCAUGAGGUGGAAGGAACAGUUCCUGGUCCCAGACCACACGAUCAAAGACAUCAGCGGCGCUUCCUUUGCUGGGUUCUAUUACAUCUGCUUCCAGAAGUCGGCAGCCUCCAUAGAGGGCUACUAUUACCAUAGGAGUUCAGAAUGGUAUCAGUCACUCAAUCUAACUCACGUCCCCGAACACAGCGCGCCCAUCUAUGAGUUCCGGUGACAGCGGUUCAGAGCAGGAACCAAAUAAAACUGAGCUUGGCAAAAAAGAGCUUUGCCAAGAAAAUUGUGUACCUGCCAGAACCAGGAGAACGUUUCUGUGUGUUCCUGUUUCUUCACGAGCAGACUCGCGUCGGAAAGCAUGAAUGUUAACCCACAGAAUCCAAGGAGCACGGCCAGCCGACGGCCGUGGAGGGGGCGUGCUCCGUGCUUCUUCCCGCUCUGUGGCAGUUUGCUCUUAAUCUGUUUUAAGCUACCUUAAAUGCACUUUUCCUUCCUGCACA